AUGGCGGCGGCGGCGGGCGCCCCUCCGCCGGGUCCGCCGCAGCCACCUCCGCCGCCGCCGCCUGAGGAGUCGUCGGACAGCGAGCCCGAGGCGGAGCCCGGCUCCCCGCAGAAGCUCAUCCGCAAGGUGUCCACGUCGGGCCAGAUCCGCCAGAAGACUGUCAUCAAGGAAGGGAUGCUGACCAAACAGAACAAUUCAUUCCAGCGAUCAAAAAGGAGAUACUUUAAGCUGCGGGGGCGAACGCUGUACUACGCAAAAACAGCAAAGUCGAUCAUAUUUGAUGAGGUGGAUCUGACAGAUGCCAGCGUGGCUGAAUCCAGCACCAAGAAUGUCAACAACAGUUUCACGGUCAUCACUCCAUGUAGGAAGCUCAUCUUGUGUGCCGAUAACAGGAAAGAAAUGGAAGAGUGGAUCGCAGCGCUGAAGACCGUCCAGAACAGGGAGCACUUUGAGCCUACCCAGUACAGCAUGGAUCAUUUCUCAGGGAUGCACAACUGGUACGCCUGCUCCCACGCGAGGCCGACCUACUGCAAUGUGUGCCGGGAGGCUCUGUCAGGGGUCACGUCACACGGGCUGUCCUGUGAAGUGUGCAAAUUUAAGGCCCACAAACGGUGUGCUGUGCGUGCAACCAACAACUGCAAGUGGACCACGCUGGCCUCCAUUGGGAAGGACAUCAUUGAAGACGAGGACGGGAUCGCCAUGCCGCACCAGUGGCUGGAAGGAAACCUGCCCGUGAGUGCCAAGUGCACGGUGUGCGACAAGACGUGUGGCAGCGUGCUGCGCCUCCAGGACUGGCGCUGCCUCUGGUGCAAGGCCAUGGUGCACACGUCAUGUAAAGAGUCCUUACAGACCAAGUGCCCGCUGGGCCUGUGCAAGGUGUCGGUCAUCCCGCCCACUGCGCUCAACAGCAUCGAUUCUGACGGCUUCUGGAAGGCCACGUGCCCUCCGUCCUGCACAAGCCCAUUGUUGGUCUUUGUCAAUUCCAAGAGUGGGGACAACCAGGGUGUGAAGUUCCUCAGAAGAUUCAAACAGCUGCUGAACCCCGCCCAAGUCUUUGACCUCAUGAACGGAGGACCACACCUCGGCUUACGCUUAUUCCAGAAGUUUGAUACAUUCCGGAUUCUGGUUUGUGGUGGGGAUGGCAGUGUUGGUUGGGUUCUCUCUGAAAUCGACAGCCUCAAUCUUCAUAAACAGUGUCAGCUGGGAGUGCUGCCCCUCGGCACAGGGAACGACCUGGCCCGAGUGUUAGGCUGGGGCUCAGCCUGUGACGAUGACACCCAGCUCCCGCAGAUCUUGGAAAAGCUGGAACGAGCCAGCACCAAGAUGCUCGACCGGUGGAGCGUCAUGGCUUACGAGACCAGACUCCCUCGGCAGGCCUCCUCUUCCACGGGCACUGAGGACUUCAGUGAGGGCUCUGAGGUGCAACAAAUUCUCUUCUAUGAAGAUUCAGUCGCGGCCCAUCUUUCUAAAAUCCUGACCUCCGACCAGCACUCGGUGGUGAUCUCAUCAGCCAAAGUGCUCUGCGAGACGGUGAAGGACUUCGUGGCUCGGGUGGGGAAGGCCUACGAGAAGACCACCGAGAGCUCGGAGGAGUCAGAGGUCAUGGCCAAGAAGUGCUCUGUCCUGAAAGAGAAGCUGGACUCUCUCCUCAAGACCCUGGAUGAUGAGUCCCAGGCUUCGUCCUCCCUGCCCACCCCGCCCCCCACCAUCGCCGAGGAGGCGGAAGAUGGAGACGGGGCGGGCAGCGGCUGCGGCUCCACGGGGGAGCGCUCGCUGGGGUCGGCGUGCCCCGGCCGGCCGCAGAUAUUCCGUCCACGGGAGCAACUCAUGCUCAGAGCCAACAGCCUGAAGAAAGCCAUCCGUCAGAUUAUAGAACACACAGAGAAAGCUGUUGACGAGCAGAACGCCCAGACCCAGGAACAGGAGGGGUUUGCCUUAGGUCUCUCUGAGUCGGAGGAGAAAAAAGACCUGAAGUCAGAUGACAGAGUGUGUCCCACCGAGAGCUACGGGGUUACCAAGGGCAGGAGCCUCCGCAAAGUGUCCAGAUCCCCAUGUGAGAAGCUGAUAAGCAAAGGAAGUUUGUCCCUGGGCAGUUCUGCCUCUCUUCCUCCCCAGUCAGGAAACCGGGAUGGCCUGCCAGCCCUGAACACCAAGAUCCUGUUCUCGAACGUUCGGGCUGGGAUGUCUGGUUCCUUGCCUGGAGGUUCUGUCAUCAGUCGCUUAUUAAUUAAUGCCGAUCCCUUUAACUCGGAACCAGAAAACCUAGAGUAUUACACAGAGAAGUGUGUCAUGAACAAUUACUUUGGCAUCGGCCUGGAUGCGAAGAUAUCCCUGGAUUUCAACAACAAGCGUGAUGAGCACCCAGAGAAGUGCAGGAGUCGGACCAAGAACAUGAUGUGGUACGGAGUUCUUGGAACCAAAGAGUUGCUGCACAGAACCUAUAAGAACCUGGAGCAGAAGGUCCUGUUGGAGUGUGAUGGGCGGCCCAUCCCGCUCCCCAGCCUCCAGGGGAUUGCUGUCCUCAACAUUCCCAGCUAUGCCGGAGGGACCAACUUCUGGGGGGGCACCAAGGAAGAUGAUACUUUUGCAGCUCCGUCAUUCGAUGAUAAGAUUCUGGAGGUGGUCGCUGUGUUUGGCAGCAUGCAGAUGGCUGUGUCUCGUGUCAUUAAGCUGCAGCAUCACCGAAUCGCCCAGUGUCGUACAGUGAAGAUUUCCAUCCUGGGGGAUGAGGGCGUACCUGUGCAGGUGGACGGAGAGGCCUGGAUCCAGCCUCCAGGAUACAUUCGGAUUAUCCACAAGAACCGGGCACAGACGCUCACCAGAGAUAGGGCAUUUGAGAACACGCUUAAGUCCUGGGAAGACAAGCAGAAGUGUGAACUUCCUCGCGCUCCAUCUUUCUCUCUGCACCCGGAGAUCCUGUCCGAGGAAGAGGCCACCCAGAUGGACCAGUUCGGGCAGGCGGCGGGAGCCCUCAUCCACAGUAUCCGGGAGAUAGCUCAGUCCCAUCAGGACAUGGAGCAGGAACUUGCCCAUGCCGUCAAUGCCAGCUCCAAGUCCAUGGACCGAGUGUACGGCAAGCCCAGAACCACAGAGGGGCUGAACUGCAGCUUUGUCCUGGAAAUGGUGAAUAACAUCAAAGCUCUGCGCAGUGAGACGGAACUGCUGCUGGCUGGGAAGGUGGCUCUGCAGCUGGAUCCCCCUCAGAAAGAGCGGCUUGGGGCUGCUCUCACAGAGAUGGACCAGCAACUGAGGAAGCUGGCGGACACCCCCUGGCUGUGCCAGCCCAUGGAGCCUGGUGAUGAAGAGAAUGUGAUGCUGGAGCUUUCUAAACGCAGCCGCAGUGGCAAAUUCCGCCUGGUGACGAAGUUUAAGAAAGAGAAAAACAGCAAGAACAGAGAAGCUCGCAGUAGCCUGGGAGCCCCGGUUCACCUCUGGGGGACAGAGGAGGUUGCUGCCUGGCUGGAGCACCUCAGUCUCUGUGAGUAUAAGGACAUCUUCACGCGACACGACAUCCGGGGCUCCGAGCUCCUGCACCUAGAGCGGAGGGACCUCAAGGACCUCGGCGUGACCAAGGUGGGCCACAUGAAGAGGAUCCUGUGUGGCAUCAAAGAGCUGAGCCGGAGCUCUCCUGCCACCGAGGCCUAGCCCUGGCCCUGUCGGCCUGCGUUCCCCGUGCCCCCCGCGACUGAGGCCAGGCACAGCGCCUGCCCCUUCUCAUGGUGCUACUCCCUUUGCUCCAGACAGGAAGCCUCGCAGACGCCCUUUCUGUGACUGCUCCGGGGUCUUGAACACACCAACACAGCUACCUUUGAAACGGCACCUUGUCCCGCCCGGCGUCGUGGGGGGCGGGCGGCCACCACCUCUCCGCUCUCGCUGACCUGCGCCCCGGGCUGGGCCUGACCUCCUGGGCCCCG